AUGGCGUCCAACGGUAGUGAGGGACAACCAAUUAGUCCCAUACGUCCUAUGACGACGUUGGACGAAACGCCACCGCCUACAGUGACUAACAGGCCAGUUUUGGGCGAAGAAAGUUCUACAACAGCCGCCGGAAAUAUUUUGCAGCCGUUGUUUUCUCAGCAAGGAACAACUCCGGUGGAGCUACCUUCGCCUACACAGCUUCAGAUGCCUCCGUUCUUUGCGCCGCCGCUGCAACAGGCGCAAACAGUUCACUCAAUUGCACCUCCGUCGAGCCAUAUUUUCAACCUUUCACCGUCAUUCGUAACACCUACAUCGUUCCAGACAACUGGUGGACAGAGCUCCACAACACUACUACCUCCAUUGGCGCAAACCAUGAUGAACCAUUCACCACCCGUCUACCCGACGGUUGGAGCAUGGACUGGACCGACUAUACCCCCAAACAACAGCUUACAACAGCCGAUAAUGAUCAACCCCAUUACAUCCAUGAACCCUUUUCCACUAGCUAUCCCCUCCAGUUACCAUUCCAGCCAUACCCCUUUUAUGGACCAAGUCCAGGCUACCUUACGCCCCUACAGCAUGGAAUGA